UUGCUUAUUUCUCCCUUCAGUUCUGUUAGUUUUGCUUAAGGUUAUUUUGAAGCUCUGAUAUUAGGUGCAUAGAAACUUGUAAUUAGAAGAACAGGCAAGAGCAACCCUUGGGCCAACCGGAGCCUCUGCACCACUGCAUCCUGAUGUCCAACACCUACAUCUCGCCACCGUCGCCACUAUGCCCAAGAGAAAGGCUGAAGGGGAUGCUAAAGAAGAUAAAGCCAAGGUGAAGGAUGACCCACAGAGAAGGUCUGCAAGGUUAUCUGCUAAACCUGCCCCUCCAAUGCCAGAGUCCAAGCCUAAAAAGGACCCUGCAAGGAAGGGACCCAAAUUGAAAAAGCGGAAAGCUGGCAAGGAUGGGAAUCAUAAGCCUGCAGACAAUGGAGAUGCCCAAAUAGAUUAGGCAUGGAAAGCUGAUGAUGCUUGAGAUGCCAGGGGAAGUGUGUGCAUUUCUGAUAACUGUGUACUUCUGCUGAUUGUACAGCUUGAAAUACUAUUUUUUAAAUCAAGUUUUAUAAAAAUGCAGAAUUUUAUUUUACUU